GCCUCUCUAUGAUGUAUACACUACUGUCUGGUCUCUACAAAUACAUGUUCCAGAAGGAUGAAUACUGUGUCCUUAUCCUUGGCCUGGACAAUGCAGGAAAAACAACCUUCUUGGAGCAGACAAAAAUUCGCUUCAGUAAGAGCUAUAAAGGCAUGAAUUUGAUGAAAAUUACAACUACAGUUGGACUGAAUAUUGGCACUAUUGAUGUUGGAAAAGCACGUCUUAUGUUCUGGGAUCUAGGAGGUCAAGAUGAGUUGCAGUCGCUUUGGGACAAGUACUAUGCAGAGUCUCAUGGUGUGAUUUAUGUCAUUGACUCGGUAGAUGAAGAAAGACUGUCAGAAUCCAAGCGGGCAUUUGACAAAAUGAUUACAAAUGAAGCCCUAGAAGGUGUUCCAGUGCUGGUGCUGGCUAACAAGCGGGAUAAAGAGAACUGUCUGUCAAUUCCUGACAUCAAAACAGCACUUAGUGAUUGCAUUCCAAAAAUUGGCAGAAGAGACUGUUUAGUACAGCCCUGCUCUGCAUUAACUGGGGAAGGUGUAAAUGAAGGCAUCGAGUGGAUGGUCAAGUGUGUGGUACGAAACAUUCACCGCCCUCCUAGGCAAAAGGACAUUACAUAGAUGGACCAGUCUUCUUAGUCAACACACUGUGAUGCUUACACUCCAUGAACAUUCUUUUCUAAAAAUUCUAAACCACAAUACUGUAUCUGUAUUUCAUUAGAAACUGUACAGUCUAUAUUUGUUAAACACCAGCCCAUUCUUUUGCGGAAGAGCGAUGGAUGCAUUUUUUUUCUGUAUGCAAAUAGCAUGAAGCUCAUGCUUAUUUGUUUUGAGGAAUAAUAGAAUGGAGAGAAAAAAACUAUUUCACUAUGUUACUAGCCUUCCUGUAUUGCUGUUUAUAGGGUUUGCCAGUUUGAAACAGCACAUGUCCUGCUAUCUUGUACUGUUUUUUUUACAUUUUCAGUAAAGAAGUUAAGAUGCAUUUCAUUCCAGUUUGAUAUUGUCAUAUGUGAUGUUAGCUGUUUACGGCUAAUAGAAUUUUUUUCCAUUUUCCUCAUUUUUAUGUAGUAUGUGAAGGUGAUGCAAAUUUAGAACUGUGAAGGUGCUUUUAGUCUUUCAGCCCUGUAGGAAGAAGCUGCCUGUAAAUGCUAGUGUUGUGUGGCCAUCCAGAGAGAACAUCAUUGGUGUCUGUUGCCUUCUGUGGUCUCUGCUUAGAGACAAGGUUCCACUGGUUUGAAUUCCUCCCUGAUGCUUUUGUUUGCAUCCUGAUAGACUGUGCCAAAUGCCACAACUUUGAGAAUGAGGCCACCACAUUUGUUCUGUUUCCUACCAUCCAGUGCUUUAUGCCUUUUACCACUAUAGAGUUACAUGCAAUAUUUCAACCAUAUGGUAUAAUACAGUGUUUGUUACAGGAACUGAUCAAAUCCCAUCAGCUGAAACUUUUUAGGUCCCAUUGUAGGAGAUUUGUAUAUUAUAGUGUGGAAUAAAGAAAUUCUGUUUUAAA